UGAUUUUUGUAUACUCGGACAAACAAACUCAACCCACUCAGCUGACUCUCACCUUCGUAAACCAAAACCUCGAGCUUCAUCAAUGGCGAAUCGCGUUCUCCACGCUUCACUCUUCAUCUCCUUCUCUCUCCUCUUCCUCGCAGUAUCUUCCGCUGUUGCCUCUUCCGAUGCACCCUUCAUUGUCGCUCACAAGAAAGCCACUCUCAAGCGCCUGAAAUCUGGUGCCGAACGCGUUCUUGUUUCCAUCGAUAUCUACAACGAAGGAUCUGCGACGGCGUAUGAUGUAAGCCUGACUGAUGAGAGCUGGCCUGAAGAUGCUUUUGAUAUCAUAGAUGGCAAAACCUCUAAUUCAUGGGAGAGACUUGAUGUUGGUGCUCUUGUUUCACACUCUUUUGAGUUGGAAGCCAAAGUGAAAGGAAAGUUCCAUGGUGCACCAGCUGUGAUCAAAUAUCGUGUUCCAACUAAAGCUGCUCUCCAGGAAGCGUAUUCCACGCCAAUCUUUCCUUUGGACAUCCUUGAAGACAGACCCCCAGAGGCUAAAUUCGAUUGGGCUAAGAGAUUGCUGGCUAAAUAUGGUUCUUUAGUCUCAGUUAUUUCCAUAGUCUCUCUUUUUGUGUACCUUGUUGCAAGCCCAUCGAGUGCUGCCAAAGCAAGCAAGAAGAAACGUUAGUUUCUGCUCAACUGAUUACAGAACUGCUUUGUUUGCAGCUUACCUUUUGUAGUUUCACGAGUUUAGUGCUAAAAAAUUCGCCAUUGAGAAUCUAUGACCAAGUACAUUUGUAAUUGAUACUUUAAAGGUAGGCAGAUAGCUUGGUUAAUUUGCUCUUUUGUAGUACUUUUUACGGCAGAAAUGGUAAGAUGAGUUUGAGUUUGUUCUCAAUUGACAUGUUACUGGCUUACAGCACGUACCAAAUCAUGUACGGCCGAAAGGACAAUAUAAAAGUUGGAUUUUUCUUCA